AUGAAUUACUUCAACACAUCAUUGUUCGUAACCUGUGGGUUACUGUUAUCUGUGCAAUGUUUUCUUAUGAAUACAAACAAGCCACCAUCAAGCAUAGUCAGUCUCGGAAAUGAUUCCAUUGCUUACUUUGACCAGCGUAUGAACCACUUGCAGACACAAAUUCAGUUGCAGAACAACACUUUGAAGACUCAAGCAAUAAUGAUUGAACAGCUGCUCAACAUUUCAAAACAGACGCCUUCGACACAAACUCUAAGCAAUGAACUUUCUGUUCUACAAGUGUAUGUACAGCGCAUUAUGGGUGAAUAUCACAGAUUAUCAAAUAUAUCCGACGCAACAGAUCUUGCUUUGAAAAUCAACAAUAUGGCAAACUCUAUCAAAUUCCUUUCCGUAAGCUUGAAUAGACAGGAGCAAAAAGACACUGACAUAAGUCAAGAGCUAGCCUCGCUAAAGGCUACAAUACUAUCUGAGAUGCACCAAGCUACAAGUCGGAUCACAUCGCUGGAAUACUCACUGUCUUCUGUGAAUCAGUCCGUAGCUUCUCUCUCAGCUCUUGAGCGUCAGAAUGAAAACCAACUUACAUCUAUUUCGAAUGACUUACAAACAACAAAGAGCAGACUGAGUUCUUUGCAAGGAACAAUGGCGCAUGUUUCAAGCCAAAUUUCAACUUUAACCAAUCAGUAUUCCGAUAUUGCAUCGAAAGUGUCAACUCUUUCAAGUGACUUACACAGUACUAGAAGUACUCUUAGUACAUUGCAAACAACUGUGUCUCAUAAUCAACAAUAUUCAUCAAGCCACAUAUCAUCUCUAACAAAUCAAUAUUCUGCUUUAUCAACAAGCCUGCAAAAGAUACAGGAUAGAACUACUACACUGGAACAUAAUUUGGAGCAGGUAUUGAUACGUGGUGUUAGACUUUCUGGAGGGAGUAUAAGCGGCGAAGGAAGGCUUGAAGUUAAUUAUAUGGGCAAAUGGGGAACUGUAUGUGACGAUGCCUUCACUGACAAGAGUGCUCAAGUUGUAUGCCACCAACUAGGAUAUAAUACACACCACUCAACAUACAAGGAAUCGGCAGCGUAUGGACAAGGGUCUGGUAGCAUCGUUCUUGAUGACGUGUCUUGUGAGGGUGACGAACGCUCAGUUGCACUUUGCAGGCAUUAUGGAUUCGAACAAAAUAAUUGCCAACACAGCGAAGAUGUAGGAGUCGUUUGCUUCGACAUACGCCUGGUUGGAGGGUCAACAUCUCGAGAGGGAAGAGUAGAAGUUAAAGUAGGAGGCACCUGGGGAACUGUGUGUGACAAUUAUUGGGAUGACAACGACGCCCGUGUGGUCUGUAGAAUGCUGGGAUACAGCGGCACUGCAACAGCAUAUUCCAGUGCACAUUUUGGUCAAGGCAGCGGAAGAAUAUUAAUGGAUAACGUUAAAUGUACUGGAACUGAGAAGUCGCUUGCACUAUGUCCGUUCAGUGGAUUUGGACAUGAAAACUGUGGACACAAUGAAGAUGCUAGUGUAAUUUGUCAUUAG